AUUGUUGUAAUCCAUUCAAUGAGUCACGUAAGUAACUAAUACAGUGCACUUGACCUCUUAUGUAUAACCUCUACGUAGAACCAAUUAAAUUAAUGGCCUUGUGUUUAAUAUUGACUUUUGACAUCUAAUUAAACGAAACUUUUAGAUAAAAAAGGAUUUAGAUUUAAGAAAAUUUCCCGACGAAGAUCGUUGGAAAUUUCCUGACUUAAAUGACACUUCAAUGUUAUGUGUGCGUUGUGGAUUCCGUGUCAAAGAAUAUAUUCCGCCGGCAUCAGAGGAAGACGAAAUUAUUUCAAGUCAAAUUAGUGUUGAAAGUCUGAGUAUAUCAGCUGAAAUUUGUACUCAAGGAAGCAGUUUAUCUCGAACUGUCAGUAAUUUUAGCGACAAUCUAUGGGAUUACAAUGAUCAUUUUUUAGAGCGAUUUUUGAAAAUUCCUCUUAUUGAAAAAGACAGGUUAUAUUCUGAAAAAAAUUAUGGAGUAAAAAAACUUGAUGAGAGCUAUGCUGCCCUAGAGAAUCAGUUCCAAUCACAAUUUGAAAUAGUACCUGAAUCUACCUACAGAAAGAUUAAUCAAGAUCAUUGUUCCAUGAUAGCUAAAGUGAAGAAAUUAUAUAACGCUAAAAGUGACAAAUCAAUAAAAAAGAAGCUGCUUUCAAUUUUACCCGACAGUUGGGAAGUCAGUCGUAUAGCAUCUGAAUUUAACUGUUCUCGAAAAAUGUUCCAGGCAAUCAGCCGCUUACGUUAGAUGUAAAAAAACUUGUCAUUGAUUUUUAUGAAAGCGAAGAAAACUCAAAACAAUUAGCGGGCAUGAAAGAUUUUAAAUCUGUGAAGGAUUGUGAUGGAAAUCGAACUAGGGUACAAAAAAAGUUGAUUCUUUGUAAUUUAAAAGAAUUGUACCAAAGCUUCAAAGCGCAAUAUAAUUCAGUGGCAAUCGGAUUUUUUAAAUUCGCUCGUUUGAGGCCUACUUAUUGUAUUCUUGCUGGAAGUAGUGGUACACAUGUCGUAUGUGUUUGUACUAUUCAUCAAAAUGUAAAAUUGAUGUUAGAAGGUACUUGUGUAUUUGACAUUCUCUAUAAUUGUACUAAAACUAGUUAUUAAUCUUA